AUGGCAAAGAACUCAGUUACAAUAUUUUUAUGCUUAUUAAUUUUGACGAGCCAUUGCAGCCUAAAAGAUUUGGUUGAUAAUCCUCAACAAUAUAAGGAUAGAAGAAAAAAGUUGUGAUAAUUGUAUUAUUUUAGCAAUUUGAGAUCAAAUACCAAUAAGGAGAAUUUUUUGCAGUUUGAUUAAUAUUAAAGAAGCUUUCUAAUUUCUGAGAACGUCCUUAAUGUGAAUGAAAAUUAGGUAUAAAUCACAAAAGAAAAAUUAUUUGCUAACUAAGAAGCUAUUAAAAAAUAAGGAAACACUAGAGAAAAUAACGAAGAUAGAUAAUAUUAGGUUGAUAAUGAAAUCGACAAUUAGGUGGAAUAAACAUAGUCAUUAAAUAAUAAUAGUAAAAUUGAUAAAUCAAAAUAAUAAUAAUAAUACUUAAAGUAGGAAAAUCAAGCUUAAGAAUAAGAAAACAUUUAAGACUAAACUUUACAUAUUAGAUAACACGAUAGCGAACAUGAUAUUAAAAGAAUAAAUAAUAACUAUGUGAUGUAAGAUUAGUAAGAUGGGGAAUAAGAUAAUAAUCAGGAAGAGUAAAACCCAGCAGAAGAAACAAAAGAAGAGCCACCUGCUGAAGAGAACAAAGAAGAACCACCUGGUGAAGAAACUAAAGAAGAGCCACCAGCAGAAGAAACUAAAGAAGAUCCACCAGCUGAAGAAAAUAAAGAAGAGCCACCUGCAGAAGAAACUAAAGAAGAGCUACCAGCAGAAGAAACUAAAGAAGAUCCACCAGCUGAAGAAAAUAAAGAAGAGCCACCUGCAGAAGAAACUAAAGAAGAGAUACCAGCAGAAGAAACUAAAGAAGAUCCACCAGCUGAAGAAAAUAAAGAAGAGCCACCUGCAGAAGAAACUAAAGAAGAGCUACCAGCAGAAGAAACUAAAGAAGAUCCACCAGCUGAAGAAAAUAAAGAAGAGCCACCUGCAGAAGAAACUAAAGAAGAGCUACCAGCAGAAGAAACUAAAGAAGAUCCACCAGCUGAAGAAAAUAAAGAAGAGCCACCUGCAGAAGAAACUAAAGAAGAGCUACCAGCAGAAGAAACUAAAGAAGAUCCACCAGCUGAAGAAAAUAAAGAAGAGCCACCUGCAGAAGAAACUAAAGAAGAGCUACCAGCAGAAGAAACUAAAGAAGAUCCACCAGCUGAAGAAAAUAAAGAAGAGCCACCUGCAGAAGAAACUAAAGAAGAGCUACCAGCAGAAGAAACUAAAGAAGAUCCACCAGCUGAAGAAAAUAAAGAAGAGCCACCUGCAGAAGAAACUAAAGAAGAGCUACCAGCAGAAGAAACUAAAGAAGAUCCACCAGCUGAAGAAAAUAAAGAAGAGCCACCUGCAGAAGAAACUAAAGAAGAGCUACCAGCAGAAGAAACUAAAGAAGAUCCACCAGCUGAAGAAAAUAAAGAAGAGCCACCUGCAGAAGAAACUAAAGAAGAGAUACCAGCAGAAGAAACUAAAGAAGAUCCACCAGCUGAAGAAACAAAAGAAGAGCCACCUGCAGAAGAGAGUAAAGAGGAACCACCCGCUGAAGAAACUAAAGAAGAGCCCCCUGCUGAGGAAACUAAAGAGGAACCACCCGCUGAAGAAACAAAAGAAGAACCACCAGCUGAAGAAAAUAAAGAAGAGCCACCAGCAGAAGAAACUAAAGAAGAGCUACCAGCAGAAGAAACUAAAGAAGAUCCACCAGCUGAAGAAAAUAAAGAAGAGCCACCUGCAGAAGAAACUAAAGAAGAGAUACCAGCAGAAGAAACUAAAGAAGAUCCACCAGCUGAAGAAACAAAAGAAGAGCCACCUGCUGAAGAGAGUAAAGAGGAACCACCCGCUGAAGAAACUAAAGAAGAGCCACCUGCUGAAGAAACAAAAGAAGAACCACCUGCUGAAGAAAAUAAAGAAGAGCCACCUGCUGAAGAAACAAAAGAAGAGCCACCUGCUGAAGAGAACAAAGAAGAACCACCUGCAGAAGAAACUAAAGAAGAGCCCCCUGCUGAGGAAACUAAAGAAGAGAUACCAGCAGAAGAAACUAAAGAAGAACCACCUGCUGAAGAAACAAAAGAAGAACCACCUGCUGAAGAAAAUAAAGAAGAGCCCCCUGCGGAAGAAACAAAGGAGGAACCUCCUGCUGAAGAAGAACCAAAACCUGAAGAAGAAACAAAACCAGAAGAGGAAGUAAAACCAGAGGAAGAGCCUAAACCAGAAGAGGAGGCUAAACCAGAAGAGGAAGCUAAACCUGAGGAAGAGGCUAAACCUGAAGAAGAAGCUAAACCUGAGGAAGAGGCUAAACCUGAAGAAGAAGCUAAACCUGAAGAGGAAACAAAGCCUGAAGAAGAAACAAAACCUGAAGAAGAAACAAAACCUGAAGAAGAAGCUAAACCUGAGGAAGAGGCUAAACCCGAAGAGGAAACAAAACCUGAAGAAGAAGCUAAACCUGAGGAAGAGGCUAAACCUGAAGAAGAAGCUAAACCAGAAGAAGAAGCUAAACCAGAAGAAGAAGCUAAACCAGAAGAAGAAGCUAAACCUGAAGAGGAAACAAAGCCUGAAGAAGAAACAAAACCUGAAGAAGAAGCUAAACCUGAGGAAGAGUCUAAACCCGAAGAGGAAACAAAACCUGAAGAAGAAGCUAAACCUGAGGAAGAGGCUAAACCUGAAGAAGAAGCUAAACCAGAAGAAGAAGCUAAACCAGAAGAAGAAGCUAAACCAGAAGAAGAAGCUAAACCUGAAGAGGAAACAAAGCCUGAAGAAGAAACAAAACCUGAAGAAGAAGCUAAACCUGAGGAAGAGUCUAAACCCGAAGAGGAAACAAAACCUGAAGAAGAAGCUAAACCUGAGGAAGAGGCUAAACCUGAAGAAGAAGCUAAACCAGAAGAAGAAGCUAAACCAGAAGAAGAAGCUAAACCAGAAGAAGAAGCUAAACCUGAAGAGGAAACAAAGCCUGAAGAAGAAACAAAACCUGAAGAAGAAGCUAAACCUGAGGAAGAGUCUAAACCCGAAGAGGAAACAAAACCUGAAGAAGAAGCUAAACCUGAGGAAGAGGCUAAACCUGAAGAAGAAGCUAAACCAGAAGAAGAAGCUAAACCAGAAGAAGAAGCUAAACCAGAAGAAGAAGCUAAACCUGAAGAGGAAACAAAGCCUGAAGAAGAAACAAAACCUGAAGAAGAAGCUAAACCUGAGGAAGAGUCUAAACCCGAAGAGGAAACAAAACCUGAAGAAGAAGCUAAACCUGAGGAAGAGGCUAAACCUGAGGAAGAAACAAAACCUGAAGAAGAGGAAGCAAAACCUGAAGAGGAGGCUAAACCAGAAGAGGAAACAAAACCAGAAGAGGAAGCAAAGCCUGAAGAAGAAACAAAACCUGAGGAAGAGGCAAAACCUGAAGAAGAAACAAAACCUGAAGAGGAGGAAACAAAACCUGAAGAAGAAGAAACAAAACCCGAGGAAGAGGCAAAACCUGAAGAAGAGGAAACAAAACCUGAAGAAGAAGCAAAACCAGAAGAGGAAGAGAAACCAGAAGAGGAAGCAAAACCUGAAGAAGAGGAAGCAAAGCCUGAAGAAGAAACAAAACCAGAGGAGGAAGCAAAGCCUGAAGAAGAAACAAAACCAGAGGAGGAAGAAAAGCCUGAAGAAGAAACAAAACCAGAGGAGGAAGAAAAGCCCGAAGAAGAAACAAAACCAGAGGAGGAAGCAAAGCCUGAAGAAGAAACAAAACCAGAUGAGGAAGAGAAACCAGAAGAGGAAUCUAAACCUGAAGAAGAAAAAAAAGAUGAAGAGGAGAACUAAGAAGAUUAAUAAAGUGAACCUGCUUCUGAGCCAGAAUAGGAAAGUGAGCCAGAAUAGGAAAGUGAGCCAGCUACAGAAGCUGAAGUUGAAAGUGAGCCAGCUUCGGAUGAUGAAGAAGACAAAGAUUCAGACAAUGAAUAGAAAGCAGAUGAAGAAAAAGAUGAAGAUAAAGAUGAUGCUGCUGAUAAAUCUGAUGAAGAUUAGAAACCUACUGAUGAUGAAAAAGAAAAAGACGAUGAUGAUGAUGAUGAUUUUGCUUAAUUGGCCCUACCUCCAGAAGUUGAAUAAGCAAAACAAGUGGAAAAUGCAUCAGAAGGAGAAAAAGACGCAUCAUUAUAUGGAUAUUAAUUAGGAAUGUGGAUGGUAACCAUAUUCUAUUUGGCUUUAUGAUUUAUAAGCUCAAAAGAAAUUAAAUAUAAUCACUUAGUAAUAAAUAAUAAUAAUAUAUUUUUAUAUUCUUAUCUAUGAGCAAAAAGCCUAACAAACUAGCAGAUAACAAGCUAUAAUUAUCAAGUAGACUAUGAUCAUUUUGAAUAUUUAGAGUAAGAAUAAGAAGCAUAAAAUAAAGCAAAACAAGUUACAGAUAUUGAAAGUGAUGGUUUUAAAGUACUUAAAAUUUUAAAUAAACUAGAAAUAAAUGAGAGAAGAGGUGAGAAUAUUAAAAGUAGAUAUAGAAUCAGAAGAUAAAUUACUUUCAUAUUAUUAAUAAGAAAGAGAGAAAAUUAAUUAUAAUUAGAUUAUUGCUAAAAAGGAGUUAGAUGAUAAAAAAAGUGAUAUUAUAAACAAAGAGAGAGAGAUUUAAGAUUUAAAAGAGAAUCAUUUUAUGCAAUUAAAUCUGUAUAAAUAAAAGUAUAAGUUUAAAUAUUAGUCUAGAAUUAAACAUUUGUUAUUUUAAAACUAAGAUCAAUAGAGUGAUUUAAGAAAAGAUGUUGACGCUACACUAAAAUAAUUGUAGGAGGAACAUAGAAUGAAUGAUAGAGAACUAAAGACUGAUGUAAGAUCACUAAAAGCAUAACAAAAAGAAGCAGAUUUGGCCUAGAAUGAUUAUAUGUUUGCUUUAAAAACAGAAUAUGAUCGAUUGGCUACUAAUUAAGAUAAAAUUUUGAAAGGUAAGCAAAUGAUUUGAAAGAAAAGUAUCAUUUGAGAAUGGAAAAGUUAAGAAGAGAGAUGGAGGAAUUAAGAAAUAAUUUGAUUAAAAUUCUUUAAGAAAAGAAAGACUUAAGAAUAUAAUAAUUAACAAAAGAACACUCAAAAAAGUAAAAAAUUAUUAUUCUGACAUCAUAGCUACAAACUUAGAUAUGAUAAAAAGUUUAAAAAAUGAAAUUACUGAUCAUUAGAAAAAAGAAGAAAAAGACAAAAAGCUUUUGCAAUCUAUAGAAAAUGAAUCCAAAAAUCUAAAUGAACCUCUUAAAGCAAUAAAAGAAGAGAUAAAAUUUUUAAUAAGAGAAAAAGAAGAAUAAGGAAAAAUUGUAUCAUAAAAGGAAUAAUUGAAAUUUAAAAUAGAUGAUCAUGAAAAAAAAUUUAGAGAUUUAGAAUAUGAAUAUGAAGUAAAGUUAUAACAUUAUUAAUUUUUGGAAAGAGAAAAAUUAUCUUUAGAAAAUAAGUUUAAUAAUAGUAUUUAAUAAGUUUAACAAAAAACUGGAUUGCAAGUAAAGUUUAAUAUUAAUUAAAAUAGAAUUUAAUUUUAGAGAAAAAGACUGCUGCUAUUAAUGAUGAACUUGAAAUUAAAGAGAUUUAAUUUAAUUAAGUCUUAUAGGGGGCUAACAUUGAUUAAAACACAAUAAGUAUAUUUUAUUAAUAAAUUAGAAAUCAACACUAAGCAAUAUUAAGAUAUAGAUGUCUAAAAACAGGUUGUUAUUGUUGAAUUAUAAAAUCAGUUUAUAUAAAUAAGAAAAGCACAUUCUCAUAUGGUUAAAGCUUAUGAUGGAAAAUUAGCAGAAUUUGUGAUACCCGUUGAGGAACUAGGAUUUGAUCCUCUUGUACCAACUUUUUCAGAAUGAUUUGAU